GGCAGUGAGCAUCAGUGGCUGUUUUUUGGCGCAAACCGGAAGUCGUCAUAACUGUCCACCUUAAAAAAAUAAAUAAUAAUAAGUUUAAUACAGCUGCUGUUCAAAUGCUGGAAUAACUUUUAUCGACAAAACGAGUCGUUAAUUAUUUUUAAAAAAUUCAUUUAAACAUUUAAAACAAUAAUUAACAUUUCACGCGGCGGCUUCAGUCAGCGCGAGACGAGCGCGAGGAAGAAAGUUAGCUGCUGCUAACCGUUAGCCGCUACAUUCGUGAAUUAAAUCUAAUAAAUUUAACAUUUAAUAAUAACUGCUGACCGAGUUUUUACGGAUUUAACUUCUCGCUUUACUUAAUGGAUGAGCACAAGGAGAAUAUCCACGCCGAGGACGUCAACGUGAAGAUGUCCAACACGAGAGAGGAGGUCGGUGUUAGCACUGAGGCGAAGCCCUGCAGCAGAAUCUGUCCCGCGGGAGAACCGGAUCCUCAGGGAUCUCCUCCUCAGUCGAACAGCGACUUCAGUCACCCGGUGUACAAAGAGAUCGCUCUGGCUAACGGACACAUCAACCGCAUGUCCAAGGACGAGCUCCGGAUCAAGCUGGCAGAGCUGCAUCUUGACACGAGAGGCGUGAAGGACGUGAUGAAGAAGAGGUUGAAGAGCCACUAUAAGAAGCAGAAGCUGAUGCAGUCGGCCGCCGAGGGAGGUCCCACCGACACCUACUACCACUACAUCUGCGUGGUGGACUUUGAAGCGACGUGCGAGGAGGACAAUCCUUCAGACUUCCAUCAUGAAAUCAUCGAGUUCCCCAUGGUUCUCAUCAACACGCACACUUUAGAAAUCGUGGACUCCUUUCAGGAAUACGUCAAGCCCGAGUUGAACCCGCAGCUUUCAGACUUCUGCGUGAAGUUAACGGGGAUAACACAGAAAAUGGUGGACGAAGCGGAUCCGUUCCCAGACGUCCUUCAGCGAGUCGUCGCUUGGCUUCAGGAGAGGGAGCUCGGGACCAAGUACAAAUACGCCAUUCUAACCGACGGGGCCUGGGAUAUGAGCAAGUUCCUCAACAUCCAGUGUCGGCUCAGCCGGAUCAGAUAUCCUCAGUUUGCAAAGAAGUGGAUCAAUAUAAGAAAAUCGUACGGAAACUUCUACAAGGUUUGUGUUUUUAAUAGUUCUGUGAAGUCUGUUGUUCUUCUUUAUUAUAGUCGGCUGGUUGAAGUGAUGUAACGAUGCUCGUCGGCU